UGGGUGUUCGAGAGACCGUGAGAACAGCGGAGCGUUCCGGCAGCGCGGGCGAGCGGCGGGGCCGGGCCGGGCGGAGCGCGGGCGGGCCCGGGGCGUGUCCGGGGCGGGCCCUCCCAGAGCCGCCCGCGGCCCCGCUGAGCCCCUUCCUUCACAAGCAUCUCCCUGACAGCAGCCCCUCAAGACAUGGCCUCGAAGAGAGCACUGGUGAUUCUGGCUAAAGGGGCAGAGGAAAUGGAAACUGUGAUCCCCACUGAUGUGAUGAGAAGAGCUGGGAUCAAGGUGACUGUUGCAGGCCUGACAGGAAAAGAACCAGUGCAGUGCAGUCGAGAUGUCUUCAUUUGUCCUGAUGCCAGUCUGGAAGAUGCCAGGAAAGAGGGGCCUUAUGAUGUUGUGGUCCUGCCUGGAGGGAACCUUGGAGCUCAAAACUUGUCUGAGUCUGCUGCUGUGAAAGACAUUUUGAAGGAUCAGGAAAGCAGAAAAGGCCUGAUUGCUGCAAUAUGUGCAGGUCCUACUGCCCUUCUGGCACAUGGGAUAGGGUAUGGAAGCAAAGUCACAACACAUCCUUUGGCCAAAGACAAAAUGAUGAAUGGAGCACACUACUCCUACUCGGAGAGCCGCGUGGAGAAGGACGGGAACAUCCUCACCAGCCGCGGGCCUGGCACCAGCUUCGAGUUUGGCCUGGCCAUUGUGGAAACGCUGCUGGGGAAGGACGUGGCUGAACAGGUGAAGGCACCUCUCAUCCUGAAAGAGUGAAAUCCUGGGGACUAGGGCAAGUUUAGAUAGUCUUACCCUUUGUAGAAUAACUGUAAUGUGCACUGUUGUAAAUACACUUUAAUUGUGGGUGAAAUUAGUAACUGUACUUACCUGAAAUGGGAUAGCUUGACAAGCCAAAGGUCUUCAUUUCUGGAAAAAAGAUCCUGUUAGCAAGAAGCUUCAUCACAAACAAGCAGCCAGCACUUAAUAAUCCUAAAUAGUUCUUGGAUGGCAUUUAAAAAUCACAUGGAAAAAUGUUUGCUGAGUAAAUAAAAAUGCAGCAUCCCUA